AUGGCAUUCUUCUCAUCCGCCUCAACACCGAGCACCUUCGGCGCGCGCCCCGCCGCCACGCCUGGCCAGAUCAACACCUCGGCCGCCACCAAAACCACGGGCGACCAGGACCAGGAAGUGACGCCUGGUGCCACCGACACCAUCUCCUGCCUCGCCUUUUCGCCCACUGCCGACUUCCUCGCGGUCGGCAGCUGGGACAACAACGUGCGCAUCUACCAGAUCAACAAGACGUCGCCUACGCCCGUGCAGCCGUGGCAGCAGUAUUCGCACGAGGGACCCGUGCUCGAUCUGUGCUGGUCCACCGAUGGCGCCAAGAUCUUCUCCUCGGGCGCGGACAAGGUGGCGCGCAUGUUUGAUAUGAACACGAACCAGCCGGUGGUGGUUGCGCAGCACGGGGAUGUGGUGCGCAGCGUGCGGUGGUUGAACGUGGCUGGAGGAGUGCUGUUGACGGCCGGGUGGGAUAAGCAAUUGAAGAUCUGGAAGGUGGACAACCCGGGUCAGCCUGCGGUUCACAGCUUGAACUUGCCCGAAAAGUGCUAUGUGAUGGACAACGUGCAGAAUGUGGUCGUGGUGGCGAUGGCGGAGCGGAUGGUGUUGGGCUUCCGUUUGGAGGAGAAUGGAUCGAUCACGCCGCUCACCGAGCAGCAGAGUCCGCUCAAGUACCAGACGCGUUCGAUGGCCGUACUCCCCGAUGGCGACGGUUACGCCCUCGGCGGCGUCGAAGGCCGUGUGGGAGUCCAAUACUUCCACGAUCCCCCAGACAAGGACAACAAGGUCAAGAAGUUUGCGUUCAAAUGCCACCGUCGCGCCAACACGGACCACCCCGAGGUGCCGCGCAACGAGUCGCACCUCUACCCUGUCAACUGCAUCGCGUUCAACGUCCACGGCACGUUUGCCACGGGCGGCGCGGACGGGAGCAUCAACUUCUGGUGCAAACAGUCCCGGACAAGGCUCAAGACGCUCGAAACAAAGGGUCCGGCGAACGCGCCCAAGGAGCUCCUCAAGACGAAUCCGGGCAAACACCCCAUCACCGCCAUCGGGUUCAAUCGGGAUGCCACCAUCUUUGCGUACGCGGUGGGGUACGAUUGGCACAAGGGCUACCAGGGUGCCGGACAGGUGGAACCUAAGGUCUUCAUUCAGCCGGUCAACUACGAGGAUGUCAAGAAGAGGCCUCCCAAGGCCUGA